AUGACAGCAAAAUAUGGUGAUAGUUGGUGGCAAGGUAAUGGUAUUAAUGGCAAAUCAAUUGCUUGGAAGAUCUUGAAUGAAGGAGCUAAACACUUAAAGACUCUUUUGAGGUGGAGAGUGGUUAAUGGGAGGAGAAUUGAUGUUCUUAAGGACAUUUGGCUGUUAGAUAAGCUAUUAAAUGAGUGGUCAAUUACAGAAAACUGUGUUGGCUUGGAAGGUCUUAAACUUAGCUAUUUUAUUACAGAGAAUGGGUUCUGGAAUUUGGAGGAAUUGCAAUGUUUUUUUAAUGAAGAAAUCAUUACUUUGGUAUUACAGAUCUCAAUGGAUAGGGAUGCUAAUGAGGAUUACUUGGAAGAAAUAUGUUUUAUUUCAGGAAAGACCAUCACAGCCAGAGCUUAUGAAGUAUACAGCAAAAGCAACAUUGAUGAAGGAGACAUGGGGUUUUACACUUCGUUGAGGAAAUUAAAACUGCCAGCUUGUGUUGAGCUUUUCUGGUGGAGGGUAAGUAAAGAAGCAAUCCCUACCAAUGAAUUUUUGAAGUAUAGAAAACUUACAAAUGAAGAUUUGUGUGCUAGAGGCUAUCUAGAGUGUGAAAAUCUGGAUUAUAUAGUUGUCCGAUGCAAAGAACUGCAGAAUAUCAUUAGACAGAUCCAGAAUUGGGGGUUCUAUAUUCCAAUCUUUGAAUCCAUAAAUGAAUGCUUUGUUGAACUGAAAACUCUCUCUACUUUUACACCAAACACAGUUGGACUUUACUGCAAUGCAGAGCACCAUAGUUGGCGGAAUAGAAAUGCUAUAAAACAUGGGAAAACUGCAAUUUCAAAGAUUUCUUUAGCUUCUAAUGUAUUAUAUUCUGCUGUUAAAAUCUCUAAUCAUUUCGUUGAUAGCUGGGGUGCUAACCUCCCUAGGGAGUUUCAAACUUCUGGGCACCCUUCACCGCCUGAUUGGAUUAAGAUUAAUGUGGAUGCAUCUCUCCUUACUUCUUAUAGUGCUGGAAUUGGAGGUUGCUUUAGAGACUAUAAAGGGAGAUUGUUGAUUGCUUUUGGAGAAAAGAGAACACAUUGGGAUAUUGCUCAUCUUGAGAUGAAUGCUAUUUUGACUCUUAGAAAACUUAUUCAACCGUGGAUGCUUGAAAUUAAAGGAGUAAUAAUUGAAGGUGAACCACCAACGCUAAGGGAAGGAGUAAUAGAAUCUCUUCAAAGAGACUACUCAACUCUUAUUCCACACAUAUGA